CAUGCUGUAAACUUUUGUUGUCUAGUUCUCGUGGUUUUUUUGAAGUUUCGCGAUUUCCCAGUCGGAUCGACUUGCAUCUCGGAAACGAGGCUUCUCGGGUCUCAGACUCUCAGCUCGAGGAUUUCGCCCAAGGGAAGGAGCAUUGGACAGGACGCGAACAGCAGACCGAGACUCUUGGUGAGAGAUGACCGCGGAAGGCGACACGGAAGUCGAGGUCGGAAACGAUUUCAGCAAAAAGCGAAAGUCGCUAUUGGAGAAGUACGAAAUACCGAUCGAUCACUUAGAUUUCGGUUAUAUCAAAUCGUGUAACAAUAUUAAGGAAAUUGAAAAAAUCGUUAAAAUAUUGAGAUCGAAAGACGAAGGGUACUACCCAGAUCUCCAGAAAUGCGCUGAAGAUAAACUGAGAUCGCUUAAUAGCAAUCACAGACUGUUAAGAACGGAUGCUCCAGUUAUGACAAAAGAGUUGUUAUCGAAAGAAGAAUGGAAGUCGAUAACGGAAGAUCUUGAGGAUUGGAAAGGUGACGUUUCAAAUAAAGAGAUGGUAUUAAGCAACACUCCCAAAUGCAAUAUCAAAGCAUAUCCUGAAGUCAGAAAGUCGUCUGUAGGUCUUCCAAUAGAGAAAAACGAGAUGGGCUCAAAAAAAACUGAAAGGAUAAAAGGAUCAGAUUAUGCAUCUUGGGAUAAAUUUGAUGCAGAUACAGAAUGCUUGAAGAUGGAUCUCGAAGAGAAACUGAAAGAAGUUGAGAAAGAAAGAAAAGCACUGGAGGAGAAAAACAAACCCCCAGGUGAAAAAAGUCUAGAAGAACUAGCGCUUGAAGACAUCAAAGAUUCUGUAGAACAUAUGACACAGGAGGAACGUGAGAUAUUAGCUUUGAAGGAGAAAAACAUGGGAAAUGAGUUUUUUAAGACCAAUAACUUAAAUGAAGCAAUAAAACAUUACACAAGGAGUAUUUAUAUGUAUCCCACAUGCCCUGGUUACAACAAUCGUGCAGCCACAUAUUUAAAACAAUGCAAAUUCUCAAAGGCUUUAGAUGACCUCAAUAAUGCCCUUAAACACAACCCAAAAGAUAUUAAAGCACUUUACAGAAGGGCAAUUGCUCUCCAGCACAAAAACAAAUUUGCUGAGGCUCUUGAGGAUGUCCGCGAGGUUCUACGUAAACAGCCUAAUCAUGUUAUUGCAAGACAUUUAGCAGACCAACUCAGAGAGAACUGUGCUUCUUUGCCAAAAAAACACAAAUUGAGAAUUCAAGAUAAAGAUCAUCCUGAUGACAAUCGUGUGAAAGAUGUGACAGAAGAAGAAAUGCUAAGGGAUUAUAAAGAUGUCAACUUCAUUGAAGUCAAUGACUGGGGUCUCCCGAAAAUAAUGUGCAACUGCAACGGUAAGUAUAUGGAUGAGCCAGGCAUCAGGCAUGAGAAACACGUCAGGUUUCAGCACAUCCUCAGCAAGUACCCACAGAAUUCAAACGUAACAGAAAUUAAAAAACCUCAAGAGAAUACAAAAAAAAGAAAUGAUCAAGAGACCCAUACUGCGAAAAAACUUGAGAUUGUAGAGUUGGAGAAAAUUGAAGAGGAGAAAAUAGAUGACAGCCAGAAAAAAACAGUAACUGCAGUAGAGCCGAACAAGACCCCUCGUUCGUGUCUCGUCGUGGACAAACGUGUUGUCAAUGCUACAUCUCUUCAAACAAAUGUCCCUCAUGAUAACGCUACUGGGAAUGCACAAAACCACGAACUCAACAGCACAAAGGUUAAUACAGAUCUUGACAACAAAAUGAAACCUGUAAACAUUCAAAACAAUGAAACAUUCAUGACAGAUGAGUAUUCUGAAAAAGCUAGUGACAAUGUGAAAUUAGAAAGGAAGAAUUCCAAAAAUGAUAAAACUGCUAAAAACAUAAAUAUCCAAGAUGCAGAUGAAACCAAGAUAUUCCCAAACACAUGCCUGGCUAAACGUAAUACAACGACUGAUUGUACAUGCGGUGAUAUUGCGAAUUUGUCCAGUUUUGAAAUACUGGAUAUUUGGAAAUCCAAGGAGUCCAUUAAACACCAAGCAAACCUUUUACGUUCAAUUUGCCCACUUCAUCUUGCUAAUGUAAUUGGAAGUAAAUUGGAAGUGUCAAUGGUUUCAAACUUAUUCAAUUGCCUCUACAACCAAUUCGAUCAUAAAAGUGAGGCAGAAGUUAUCAAAAAUUAUUGUCUCGCCAUUACCAAGCUUAACAGGUUCUCUAUAAUGAUGUGUUUUAUGAGUGCCGAAGACAAAAAAACCUUAAAUGAACUAGAAAAAAUCGCAGGUCCUUUUUUGGAUGUUAACACAAAAAAACUUAUUUCAUAAAAGUUGUGUCACUUAUUUUUGUUAGAUUUAGAAUAACUACCUGAAUGAAAAAUUCACACAUUAUUUUCUAUUUGAAAAAUUUUUAAGUUUGAUUUAAAUUAAUAUUUUAAUUAUGAAUUAAAUAUAUAAAGAAAGGAAAAAAUUAGAUUUCGUGGUAGGUCAUUAUUUUCUUCAUAAUUUUGUAUGUGGAAGGUGGUGACAAGCGAAUGUAAUAUAAAGUAAAGCGAGUGUAAAUAAAUGUAAUAUAAUAAAUGAAGGAGGUAAAAUAAUUCAAACCUUAUAUCUCUGGUAUAAUCUGGUUUUCAUGUUUUGAAAAUUUUGGAGCAGGAUCUCUAUUUUCAAAAAAUAAAAAUUACCUAAUACAAUAGAAGGGAGGUUUGGUUAUUUUUUGACUCAAAAAUUUUUUAAAUUUAUAAUCUGAUUAGAUAAUUUUUUAAUAUUUUUACCGUAAAUGCACGUAUUUCGUUAUUCAAUUUGUCUGGAAAGUUUAAACAAAUCAAAACAAGUUGGUUGUAUUAAUGAAAAUCACAUUACUACAAUUCUUUUACAUUAGUGCAUAUACGAUUCUUAAUCAGUUACAAGUUGUUUUCAAAAUCUGGCUAUUAAAUGAAACUACCGCAAACUGUAACCAUUUUUACAGUGGAUUAGUAUAUCAGAAAAAAUUAAAACCUAGUCAUAUCAUGCAAAUGAGUUACAUUUUAUCUCAGGUAAAUCAUGUGAAACAUUAUCUGUCUGCUAGAAUUUA